CCGCAAUUUGGGCUCAUACCAUCAAGGCAAUCUCCUACGACUGGCGGCAAAAUGAGCGCCGCAGAAAUUGACCUCUAUGAGGUUCUACAAAUCUCCAAAAGCGCCACCAAGGCCGAGAUCAAAAAGGCAUAUCACAAGGCCGCUCUCUCGUCACAUCCCGACAAAGUGCCUGUAGAACAACGAGAAGAGGCAGACGCCAAAUUCAAGUCCGUCUCCCAGGCUUAUGAAAUCCUCAGCGAUGACGACUCGCGCGCAAUGUACGAUCAACACGGCAUGGCUGCCUUCGAGAAAGGCCCAGCGGGAGGAGGAGCAGGUCCCGAUCUCGACGAUAUUCUAGCUCAAAUGUUUGGCAUGGGCGGCGGCGGCGGGAUGGGCGGUGGGAUGCCCGGCGGAGCAGGACCACGGAGGAAGCGAGGAAAAGGACGGAACGAGAUGCAGCAAUACGAAGUCACUUUGGAGGAACUGUACAAGGGCAAGACGACGAAGUUUGCGAGUACGAAAAACGUGAUAUGCGGCAAUUGUGAGGGCCGCGGAGGGAGGGAAGGCAAAAAGGCCAAAACGUGCGAUACUUGCAAAGGCCGUGGUACACAGACACGAUUACAACCUGUCGGACCUGGAAUGGUUACGCAACAGACCGUCGAGUGUUCGACGUGCAGUGGACGAGGCCAAUUCUACGCGGAUAAGGACAAGUGUAAGAAGUGCAAAGGUGCAAGAACAAUCAAGCAAAAGAAGAUACUGGAGCUGUAUAUCCCUCGAGGUUCACGAGAAGGAGAGCACAUUAUCCUGGCAGGAGAGGCAGAUCAGGACCCUAAUGACGAAGAGCCUGGGGACAUCAUAUUCGAGCUGGUCGAGGAGCAACACCAAACCUUCAAUCGCGCUGGCGCCGACCUUCACGCAGAACUCGAAAUUAGUCUAGCAGAAGCGCUGACAGGCUUCAACCGCGUGGUCAUUACACAUCUGGACGGGAGAGGACUUCAGCUUCAUGUUCGACAGCCCGAAGGCAAAGUUUUACGGCCAGAUGAAAUCCUCAAAAUUCAAGGUGAAGGUAUGCCAAUCAAGCGAUCAGACCACAAGGGCGAUCUGUAUCUGUCUCUCAAGAUCAACUUCCCCGAGAAUGGUUGGCUCAAGGACCAAGCUGCCGUCGACCGUGUCAAGGCAGUCCUCCCGCAGCCUCAAGCCAAUCCUGCUGGAGGCUUUGGGGAGCUCAAGCCGGGACAGACUCCAGAAGUCAUCGAUGAAAUCCAUGACUUCGAGGUCGUGGAUACGAUGGAAGGCUUUGGCGCUGGAUCGGAUGACCCACGAGCAGGGGCUGGUGAGUGGGAAGAAGAGGAGGAUGGCCCACAAGGGGCGCAGUGCGCGCAGCAAUAGCCGUAGGUCGUGACAAGUGGAAACGAGAAUGAAGGGACGCUGGCGAACUUCGUAUGCUAGAAGAGUAUAAUGUCGCUCCGGAGUCAGCCAGUGGCAAAGUAUGAUAUCAAAAAGCCACCACCCUGUCCGGAGGCAGCAAAACUUGGCAAGGCUUGCCUCUGGCGGCUGCACGGAUUCGAGAUCGGAUGGAACCUUGGGGGAAAGGGCUUCAUGGGAACACCAUGGAAGUCUGUCGUUCCCUUCUCGAGGCGCAAAAAAUAGCGACCCUCCUAGGUGCAGAGAAGUGAAAAGCAGAGCGGAGUGGAGCAGAGCAGAGAGAGCAAAGCGAAGCGAAGCCGAUUAGUGGGCGUGUCGUGCACGGCCUGGCCCUGGCCCUGGCCAUGAAAAGAAAGCAUAGGUACCUGACCUACCUUAUGCUGAAAUAAUCUCAGCUACCUACAUGAGAGUACAGUGCAAAAAUGAGGUGUGCAUGCAUAUACAUAUGAUGAAUCACGAUGAGCACUCUUAUGAGCUUCACAUGUUCAUUCGAGUACAAUCUCUUCCAUUCGGCCAAGACUUGAAGUGCAAAUGCC